GUUGAUAAAAUAAAGGGGAGUCGGGUUUUAUUGAUCUUAAACUGCAGAGUUUAGUUUGGGAUAAAGUAUCUGUCAGUGUGGGGGAGAUAACAGAUACAUGAACUAGUGAGGCGAAGUUUGUCAGAUUGGGGAGAGCAGAGAAGCCAGGAUCUCCCACUCACUACUGAACGGUCUGACUGGUAACAAUGUGUCAGCAGUUUAUAUAGUGAGCGAAAAUACCGCGCGCAGGCUCCUCCCUCUGCUUCGGGUUCGAGUCUUCUGAUGAACGUUUUAUUAGAAAAUAGUUUCCCUAAAGCAAACUCUGAGAAGCAGCUGUCAAACACUAUUCGGUUACAAAUAUUGCACUGCAUAUUCAAGGUGUGUAUAGCAAAGGUACAUCUACACCAAUAUAGAAUAAUGGAUAAGUCCUAGAAAUUACUUAUCCAAUACAAAUAAAAAACAGCUUCCUUCUGAUAAUCUACAGAAAGGUGUAUUUGCCAGGAGCGGCAUUACUGAAAGGGGUGACAAGAACAGAAAUCCAUGAAGCAAGGCUAUGAAGAAAUCUUUUAAUAGCAGAACCAAUGAGUCUUACUCUGAAAAAUCAAGCAAAACAGAUUCCUAUAUGUUCUCAAAUGAGAUAGUAAACAUUAACCCCAAACCAUUCUCAUGUUCUGAAUGUGGGAAAUGUUUUAGCUAUAACUCAACUCUUAUUAGACAUCAGAGAACUCACACAGGAGAGAACCCAUUCUCAUGUUCUGAAUGCGGAAAAUGUUUUAGGGAACUCUACAAACUUCUUCGACAUCUGAGAACUCACACAGGAGAGAAGCCCUUCUCAUGUUCUGAAUGCGGAAAAUGUUUUCGCUAUAACUCAACUCUUAUUGCGCAUCAGAGAACUCACACAGAAGAGAACCCAUUCUCAUGUUCUGAAUGUGGAAAAUAUUUUAGCUAUAACUCAACUCUUAUUGCACAUCAGAGUAUUCACAUAGGAGAGAAACCGUUCUCGUGUUCUGAAUGUGGAAAAUGUUAUAGGCAAAGUUCAGGUCUUGUUAUACAUCAGAGAACUCACACAGGAGAGAAACCGUUCUCGUGUUCUGAAUGUGGAAAAUGUUUUAGCUAUUACUCGACUCUUAUUGCACAUCAGAGAACUCACACAGGAGAGAAACCUUUCUUAUGUAGUAAAUGUGGGAAAUGUUUUGUCCAUAAACAUCAUCUUAUUAAACAUCAGAGAACUCACACAGGUGAGAAACCAUUCUCAUGUUCUGAAUGUGGAAAAUGUUUUAGCCAAUGUUCAAAUCUUGUUAAACAUCAGAGAAUACACACAGGAGAGAAACCGUUCUCAUGUUCUGAAUGUGAAAAAUGUUAUAUGUAUUACUCAAGUCUUGUUAAACAUCGGAGAACUCACACAGGAGAGAAACCGUUCUCAUGUUCUGAAUGCAGAAAAUAUUUUGGUACUAAAGCAGGUCUGGUCAAUCAUCAGAGAAUACACACAGGAGAGAAACCGUUCUCAUGUUCUGAAUGUGAAAAAUGUUAUAGGUAUUACUCAAGUCUUGUUAAACAUCGGAGAACUCACAAAGGUGAGAAACCGUUCUCAUGUUCUGAAUGUAGAAAAUAUUUUUUUACUAAAGCAGAUCUGGUCAGUCAUCAGAGAAUACACACAGGAGAGAAACCGUUCUCAUGUUCUGAAUGUGAAAAAUGUUAUAGGUAUUCCUCAAGUCUUGUUAAACAUCGGAAAACUCACAAAGGAGAGACACCGUUCUCAUGUUCUGAAUGUAGAAAAUAUUUUGUUACUAAAGCAGAUGUGGUCAGUCAUCAGAGUAUACACACAGGAGAGAAACCGUUCUCAUGUUCUGAAUGUGAAAAAUGUUAUAGGCAUUACUCAAGUCUUGUUAAACAUCGGAGAACUCACAAAGGAGAGAAACCGUUCUCAUGUUCUGAAUGUAGAAAAUAUUUUUUUACUAAUGCAGAUCUGGUCAGUCAUCAGAGAAUACACACAGGAGAGAAACCGUUCUCAUGUUCUGAAUGUGAAAAAUGUUAUAGGUAUUCCUCAAGUCUUGUUAAACAUCGGAGAACUCACACAGGAGAAAAAUCUUUCUCAUGUACAUAAUGUUGAAAAUGUUUUGUCACUAAAGCAGAGCUCUUCAGUCAUCAGAGAACUCACACAGGAGAGAAACCAUUCUCGUGUUCUAAAUGUGGAAAAUGCUUUUGCUGUCACUCAGCUCUUGUUACACAACAGAGAACUCACACUGGAGAGAAAGCGUUCUCGUUCUGAAUGCGGAAAAGA